CUGGGAAAUACACUGCUCCUUUCAGGCUCGUUUGUGACACUAUACUGAGCACAUAACGACACCAUUUGCCAAAAACUGAAACUUUAUCAUUUUCUCCAAUAUAAAUCCACUGUCCGUCUCCCUCAAUCGUCCUCCCUGGAAAAGAGGGAAUAAAGGUAUUUGUUCUGUUGAUGAUGGCGAGGAUUCCAAUGAGAUUCAACUAUAAGAUAGCAGCGGCUUUCGACGAGGCGGCGCGUGCGGUGUCGGUGGUACGGCACUGCGAGAGCAGCGGCAGCGACCACUCCCCGGAGGAUUUGAGUGAUCUCUCGGAUCUUGUGAAUUCUUUUCUCGAGAGUGAUUGCGCCUUUGAAUCCGAUGAGCAUGAGGGUAAUAAAAAGACUGUGCAAGAGAAGGACAACGAAAACGAUGGAUCAUCGGAUUCGGAAGGUUAUUGGUCGGAGACAAAAGACACGUUAAAGAGAUUGGUCGUCAAGAACGAAGAUGAUGAUAAGGAGAAGCUUAAGAUCCUGGAACAGGUAGCAGAAUUUGAUCGUCGGAAUGUUUCGGACAUGUCUUCCGAGGGUUUUAAACGUCGGCUCAUGUAUGGUUUGCGAGACAAUGGCUUUGACGCGGGACUGUGCAAAUCACGGUGGGAGAAAUUUGGGAGGCAUCCAGCAGGGAGAUAUGAAUACGUGGACGUGAAUGCUAAUGGAACUCGUUAUAUCAUCGAAAUAAAUCUCGCCGGAGAAUUCAAAAUAGCUCGACCAACGAUGAGUUAUGCUUCAUUAAUCGAAGUUUUCCCGACCAUUUUCGUCGAAAAGCCAGAAAAACUGAAGCAGAUAGUGAGGCUGAUGUGCAAAGCAAUGAGGAAAUCGAUGAAAGAUAGGGACAUGAAGAUGCCACCAUGGAGACAACACGGGUACAUGCAGGCCAAAUGGUUCGCCGCUCACAAGCGUACGACCGAUGAAAUCUCGUCUAGUAAAAAGAGUCCGAAGAAGAACGGUGCCAUGGCAGAUGCGGCUAAAAGAUCAGUCGGGUUUAAGGAAUUACCGACAAUUUCUUACCGCUGCAGAGAUAAUACCGUUGCUGAUAAGGCUGGUUUGAAGGUUGGGUAUUUAAGUGCCGCCUUCAAUGCAAAUGCUGGUAUUGGUUUGCAAUCGUAGUCAAUAAUGGCGUCAAUUGUACAUAAAUUUGCUGUUUGGUCCAAUUCCAUCGCCCAUAUCUGCCAGUAAUGAUCCACUCAGGGCCUGUUGUUUGUAAA